ACGCCCACGAACACAGAGCUCACGUGAUGUCAUGUGACAGUAGAGGAAGGGUCCGAAGCAGUUAUACUCAUUGCAGAACAUAAGCUGUUAUACUGCUAAUGAGAGCAAGGACGCUGUUUGAUUCUUAAUAGAGACACACUCUGCCAGUCAGUUCUCUCUCCUCCCAGACCACACCCAGAGCCUCGACCUUACUCAUCAUUAAUAAUGGCCACUGAUUCAGUUGAUGUUGUUGUCUCUGGAGAGGGAGAAGGAGGAGCUGCUCCUGCUCCACCAGUUACUGAUGAGGUUUUUGCUGAUUCUGAACCGUCUCUCUCUGGCCCACUAGAUACAACUGAGAAGAGUGUUGAGCUCUCAACAUUCUCUACUAGUUACAGAUCGAAUGUUUCUACAGCAACUGAAGGAGGAGUAUCAUUUGUCGUUACAGAUGAAACUAAUCCCACGUGGCAGUCGUCGCGUUUUAAUUUUGUCCUUCCAUUGUCCACCUCAAUUGAUAGUCUUCAUAUUACUGUAGCUGAUCAUGCUAGCUAUGUUAACGAUUCAUUUUUGUUAAUAUGGCGUCGUCAGAGUGAGGAAGGUGAAGAGGAGAUUCCAUUGGAUCAUUGCUCAACUGCUACUCUCCUUGAGAUGGGAAUGGCCGAGGAACCGAAGAAAACAUACUUACUGAUAAGAGUGAAGGAUGAUAUGCAACCAACUAGAGUUGGAAAUGAAAAUAUAACUUCCGAAGCUGAAAGAGAGGCCUCAACAGGUCAAGUCUCUACUCAAAUCACUGGUGCCUCCUCCUCGUCCAGCGGUUGGUCCUCAUACACUAACCCAAUCUACAAUAGCAACACUUAUGGAUCGGGAGGUAACACGUCCAACUACUCCUCGUCAAGUGGAUACGGGUCUUACAGCUACAGUUAUAACGCUAAAUCUGAGACUGGUUUUGUGGGGCUGGUAAAUCAGGCCAUGACCUGUUAUUUAAACAGUUUGCUCCAGACACUCUACAUGACUCCAGAGUUUAGGAAUGCUUUGUACCAGUGGAGGUUUGAGUCAAAGGCAGAGUCGGAGGAUCAAGCAGUCGUUGAGGCAACCAAGUGCAUCCCUUACCAGCUACAGCGUCUCUUUUUACAACUCCAGACGGCAAAAAAGAGGGCAGUGGAGACUACUGAUGUGACCAAGAGCUUUGGAUGGGACAGCAGUGAAGCUUGGCAGCAGCAUGACGUUCAGGAAUUGUGUCGUGUCAUGUUUGAUGCUUUAGAGAAAAGGUUUAAAAAGGAUCAGACACAACAAGACAAGCCAACGGAUAAACCAGCAGCUAAUGAAGGAGAGAAGGAGGGAGAGGGAGAAGGAGGGAAAGAAGGAGAGGAAGAACAAGGAGGAGAGGGUAGUGAAAAUAUUGAUGGCUCUAGUUCAUCUCAAGCUGAGGGUGAGACACCAAAAGCAAGAGAUGUGAGGGUUGAUCUGAUUAAUGAUUUAUAUCAAGGGAAAUGCAAAGAUUAUGUAAAGUGUAAAGAAUGUGGAUAUGAAAGUGCUCGUGAAGACAUAUUUCUUGAUAUUCCUCUUGUCAUAAAACCUUUCGGACGCUCUGAGACUUAUGGAAGUGUUGAAGAAGCAAUGAAGGCAUUUGUUGAACCAGAAACUCUUGAAGGAGACAACCAGUAUCACUGUACUAAAUGCAAUACCAAGCGAGAUGCUCUUAAGGGUCUUAAAUUCAAGCAGUUCCCAUACCUCCUCACUCUUCAACUCAAAAGAUUUGAUUUUGACUACACCACAAUGCACCGUAUCAAACUGAAUGACAGGAUGACAUUCCCCAAGGUUCUUGAUCUGAAUGAUUUCAUUGAUGAAGAUGAUAGACCUUCAGUUCCUAAUGAUGUUCCUGAAAAGUAUAAGACUUUUGUGGUAGAGCGUUUUGACAGACCUCAUGACCAGCCUCCAUCUUACUCCUCCAUCACCUCCUCCACCCUUCCUUCAUAUUCUCAAGCUACUGGUGGUUCUAAUAAAGCUGAUGAACCUGAUGAAACUGAUGUAGCUGAGAAAGGAGAUAGACCAAAGCCUCCUGAUGUUGCCAGCAUGUUAUCUCAUGGUCCUUAUGUCUAUGAGUUAUUCUCAAUCAUGAUUCAUUCAGGGAGUGCUAUUGGUGGACAUUACUAUGCAUACAUUAAGUCUUUCAAGGAUAAGAGGUGGUAUUGUUUCAAUGAUCAGAGUGUGACCAGGAUAACUCAAGAGGAGAUAGAGCAGACGUUUGGUGGUUCAGACCGCUCAUCAUCAAGAGGCUACUAUUCCUCAAUGUACAGCUACUCUGCUAAUGCAUACAUGUUGAUGUACAGAAGAAUUGAUACCAAUGAAAAUGCAGAUUUUUUGCAGGAUGACCAGUUCCCUGAUCACUUGAAGAAACAGAUUGAGGAUGACAAGGAGAGAGAGGCCAAUGAGAAGAAGAAGCAAGAGAUGGAGAAACAGAUGUGCAAAUUUAAGUUAUUUUGUGUUCAUCCUGUUACUGGCAAAAUGAUUGAGUCAAGAUUUGAAAUACACCAGGAUACUAAACUACCCCAAGCACUGGCUGAAGCUUAUAAGACAAUGAAACUAGCUCCUCAUAUUCCUAUUGAGAGAUGUCGUUUGGUUAAAUAUGAUGAUUAUUCUGAAACAAUGGAUCAAUCCUUUGAUCUUGAUGAGUUUCAAGAUCAAACUUUUGGACAGCUUGUGGGUGGCGCUAGAAAUUAUUAUUCAUUUGAAAUGUUUCUAGAGACUCGUAAAGAAAACGAAGCCUUUAAGAAAUACAAUAAGGGAGGCAUGAAAUUAAAGAUAGCUGUGAUUGAUCUGUCAACUGGUGAUGUGGCACCAGCUGAACCAAUAAGAGCAGAACAAGGUUGGACUGUUGGAGAAUUAAAGCAAUAUAUAGGAGAAAUAUUCAAUCUUGAUCCUUCAUGUAUGAGGCUGGUCCUUGAGGUGUAUAAUGAUGGUAGACAUUUACCAAAUGAUGCUAGUUCACUAAAAGGAGAAGGACUCUACAGGAAACACACACUAUUUGCUGCCUCUGAUUCUGAAGAUUAUGAGAGACAAUACAAAGAGAGUGUCAUGUACAGACACGUUGAAGCUCACGUCAACUCAAUACUACUAAACAUUACAAUACCUCCUCUACAAGAAUCCCCACCAGCCCUUCAGCCUGAAGCCCCUCCCAAUCGACCUUCGACUCCGCCCCCUAGCAACCAAGCUGGAGGAGAAGAUGAUAAUAGAGCAGAAGAUGAAGUCCCCGAAUUAGUGUCUAGUAGAGAAGGAGCUGGUAAGAAGAGGCACUUCAGUGAUGAUGGAGUUAAUGGGGACAGGGAGGAUCAGACAGGAGAGAAAAAGAGAGAACGGAAUGACGAUGGAACAACCGAAAAUAACGAAGGAGUGGAUAGCGGAGAUGCUGGCAAUAAUGUGGGCGAGACUAAUAAUGAUGUGGGUGGGGCUACUAAUGAUGUGGGCGGGGCUACUAAUGGCAUGGGCGGGGCAUCCAAAGAUGACGUAGGUCCUGAGGAGAUAAUGAAUGAUCAGAAAUCAAAAGAUAACAAAGAGAAAGAGGAGGAGGAGGGGAAGAGUAAACCUUCAAGCAGUGUGGAAGGAAGGAAAGGAGGAGGAGGAGGAGGGGUUUUAAAGGUAGUGUCCUUAUCAAAGAAUGAAGAAGAGAAAGGAAAGAAAAGAGAUAUACAGAUAAGAGUUGAUAGGAGAACCACAUUAGCUCAAUUGAAGGAGAAGCUAGUUCCACUGAUUAACGUACCACCUACUGGUUUUAAAGUGUAUAGGGUGUAUAAUAACCAGCAAGAAUAUGAAAUGGAAAGAUUAACUGACUCAUUAAUGGCAAUACCUUCAGAAUCAAGAUUUGUAGUAAGACUGGGUAGGGCAUUACAAGUAGGAGAGUGCAGGAUUAAAGUAUUUUUAUUACACAUUAACAAUACAGAGUUCUUUAAUCUGAUGAUGGAGUCUAUUGUUGCUAAGAAUACACCAGUGAGAGAAUUUAAGAAACAAAUUAUUGAAGAAGCAAAAGUACAAGGAAUUGACUGUGUCCUUGAAUUAGACAAAAUGAGAUUACGCAAAAAGACUUGGAGGUCACCUGGUACAGUGUAUCUUGAUCAUCAGUUGAUUGAUAAAGAUAUUCAUGUAUAUGCUGGUAGUGAAAUGUAUGUGGAACCAUUGAAAGAACCUGAAAAGAUGAAGCUCCCAACACAGAUGCAGGUGUAUGUUAGAAGAUGGCGUCCAUCAGAAUAUUCAGUUGAUCCAACAGAAGAAGUUAUACUGGACACAGCUAGUCCCUUAGAUCUUAAAAAGAAGCUUUCAGAGUUAAGUGAAGUUCCUGUUGAUGCCAUUUCUGUUGCAAAGGGUGUGGGAUCAUUUCCAGCUGAGAUAUCAUGUCUUGAUAUUGAGAAUGAGUUGGAAUGGAAUCCAGCCAUUCAAUCAAUCAGUCAAACACCAUUUUCAUUGUAUGAUGAUGGAGGUGUCAUUUAUUACAAAGACAAUAGAGAAAAAAUGAAAGAGAUCACAGCUGAAGAGAGAGCAGAAAUAGAAAAGACAGAAAACAAAAGGGUCAAUAGUGUUGGUGUAUAUGGUACUGGCUCAUCAUCAUCAAGUGGUCAUUCAAGCUACAGCUACUAUAGGAAAGAGAGAGCACUUAAGAUUUAUACUGAUGAUGACACUCCAAGAGACAAAGAGGACUGAGUGCAUUUAGUGGAAAUGUGUUUGUGUGGCUUGUUGUAGGCUGUCUCCCCUCUUCAGCUAUUAAUAAUUAUUUAUUAUUUAAUGGUGGUUUACAUUGUCUUUUAGAGUGUUAUUUUUCUUAGUAGUUUUAUUAUUAUUAUUAUUAUUAUUAUCGUGUUCUUGUAUAAUGAUAAACUAUUUUAUGCGUCUUUAAAUUGAUUUAAUACUAUUGUUUAUAUUAUUAUUAUUAUUAUUGUUCAUGAUAACUUAGAUUAAAUUGCC